AUGGCUUCAAACUCAAAUCAAAUAACAACAACACCAGAUCAUCAAACGUAUGUCAAAACGAUGGUAAAAGUAUGGUUGAUGAGUAUUGUUACCAGCAUAGCAAUUAUAUGUUCUGUGAUUCAUCUUUACCAACUGUUUACCAAACGUGUUCUACGAGAAGCAUUAAACAAUCAUGCAAUUAUUGUUCUUAAUAUUUUAACACUUUGCGUUCUAGUAUUGGAUGUUCCCUUCUAUUUGGGCAUUCUACAUACAGGCUAUGUCUGGUUUCCAACACCAGCCUUUUGUCUCUACUGGUGGAAUAUCGAUGAAUUUUGCUAUCAAAUUACGCUUGUGACUGUAGCUGUAGCAUCUGUACAACGACAUUUUCUUAUUUUUCAUGAAAAAUGGUUAUCAACUGCGAAGAAACGAUUUUUUAUACAUUAUAUUCCAAUUUGUCUAGCCAUCGCAUAUCCAAUAUUAUUUAAUGUUCUGGGCCAAUUUGUCGGAUCUUGGUGCACUGUACCUGUAUAUGAUUACACGAAGCCAUGGUGUCAAAACGUUCCUUGCUUUAUGAACAACACUUAUCUUCAUAUGUGGGAUAUGUUUUUCAAUUGGGUUUUCAUUGGUUGGGUUAGUUUUAUAGCGGAUUUGUUUCUUAUUACACGAGUACUUUGGCAUAGACGUAUUCGUUUACAUCAACCGAUCGUGUGGCGAAAACACCGUAAAAUGACCAUUCAGUUAUUAUCAAUUUCACUGUUCAGCUCUAGUUUUAACAGUCCAAUGCUGACCUACACCGGAAUGCGUUUUUUCAAACUUGUACCUGCAUCUGACUAUAGUACAGCCAUGGAAAUUUAUUUUGUAUACUAUUUUUCAGCAAUAUUACUAUCACUGGUUAUGAUACUUUCACUACCAAAAGAAUAUUGGUGGGGUCGAUGGCGGGACGCAUUGGUCAAAAUUAGAGAUAAUCGACGGCGAAGACUAGUAUCGAUGACUAGAGGUGGGUAG